UUCCCUCUCUUGCACAGUAGCUGUGCAUGUAGAAUUCAUUUCCAAUCUCCCUUUGGCACUGUUCUAUUUUGUUGCAAUUUGAUAGGCUUUCAUUCUCCUCUAGAUAGCUUACCAUCAAAACAGAAAUUGUUGUUUUCCUUGAAAAAUCUUGCUGUGCUAGCUUUCUUGAAGAAUUUCAAGUAAUGGCUAAUGAAUUAUGCUUGGAUGAUUCUUGUGCGGGUCCCAGAAUCUCCUUUUCUCGUGAUUUUUCCGAGAGAGGCAUUGUGCCGAUAGAACAGCGCCCUCCCCAAUCAAGUUCAUUGAAUUCAGAUUUUUGCUUUCACAACGACACCAUCAAUCUAGAAUCUCCACUGGCAGACGAACUAUUCCUGAAUGGGAAGAUCGUCCCUGUUGAAAUCAAGAAAAUUAUUCCUCCCUUGACACAUGCACAAGAACAACCUGUAUGUCCAACUCCACAACCACAGGUAUGUCUUGAUGCUACCUUAACUGGAAAGGAUUCAAGUCAUGAGAGCUUGAAUGUAAUCAAGAUCAACACAAGCAAAGGAAACAGCAUUGAUCAAGAAUUUUCAUCCUUGAGGGAACCUUUCCUUAAUCGGGAAAUCAUUAUUCCUCUCAAAUUCAAGAAAAAGAAAAACAUUUCACCACCAUUUUCACUACUAGGUGCAUUUCUUGAUGCUGCUGAUGAAAACGAUGAAGAUACUAACAAAGGUUCAAAUCGUUGGAUGAUCAAGAAUGCAAGAAACAAACCGGACGGCCACGAGAAACAAAACUCGAAACAAUCUUCACGUUUCAAGAGGCGCAGUAGCUGGAGUCGUGCUAGCAUAUGUGGAGGGAUCUCAUGUCCUUUUCCAUUCUUUUGUCGAAGCAACUCUGAUGUAUAUGUACCAAAUGAGAAGGGAAUACCAUUGUCAUCAAAAAGAUUCUCACAAUCGUAACAUGAAUUCACAGAACUGGAACAAGUUGCGGCGUCUUUCUCCUCCAUACAGCUGGUAGAUCAUUUAAUGUGAUGAAUCAUUGAAGAAGAAACGAAUUCUCAUUUCCACCUUCUUCUCUUACUUUAUAUUUCAUUUCAUUACAAUUUACUAGGCAUGUA